UUGCGGCGGAUCUGACCGUUCGCCGCGAUCGAGUGCUUCUCGUGGACGCGAUAGACCGGAGGAUCGAACGCGCGGCGUCUCGGAGUCCGCGAACCGCGUCCGCGGUCGACGUCAGCGAAGCCGCGCCGCGUCAGCGAGCGAGGAAUUUCCCAUCGAACCGCCCCGUCCACCUCGCGGACCGAACCGCCGCGGCCCGUGCGUGAUCUCGCGACGCGACGAUGAGCUCUAGGACGACCGUCAACGGCCACAGGGUCGGGAGGAUGGUCUCCCUCGGGCGCAUCGCCGCGCCGAAACCGAUCAACCUGCCGUCGCAGAGGAAAGAAAACAACAUCGACAACCCGCGGCUGAACAACGACCCGAACGUCGUGCUCGUUCCGAAAGGGCAUCACACGUGGGGGCACGGGGACGACGGCGGAGACGACGGCGGAGGGACGUGGGCGCCGCAAGGCGUCGGCGCCGCGUGGAGCUCGCCCGGGGGUGGCGGGCGAGACCAGGGGCGAGGGCCGCCCCCCGAUCAACGUCGACGCGUGGACUCGUACCCGGACCUUCACGGAGGCGGAGGCGGAGGAGGCGGCGGCGGCGGCGGCGGCGAACGAGGCCACCCGCACAGACCGCACGACGGGUAUGACGAGCGAGACGACCGCGGCCCGGGACCCGGGCGAGGGUACGGGGAGAGAGAGUACGGCGCGCGCGGGCCGCCGCAGUGGAGCGAACGCGGAGGAAGAGACGGGUGGGGACGAGACGUCAACGGCGGGUACGCGAGGGACGAGCGACGGUACGACGAGUCAGGCAGGGAACACCAGCACCACGACGACCGGGGAGGGUUCAGAGGCGGCGGCGGGGGAGGGUACCACGACCAACACGGGCAGUACGGGUACCGCGACCACCACCACCACCACCACCACCACCACCAGCGGCAGUACAGAGAGUACGACGACCGCGGCCCGCCGAGGCGGCGAUCGUUCGAGCACGAGCGAGGCGGCGUCGCGCCGCCGAUGCCGCCCGGACCGCCGCCCGGACCGCCGCCCGGACCGCCGCCGCUGCCGCCCGGACCGCCGCCGUCGAGCGCGAUGAAGACGAGCGACGACGCGCCGCCGGCGUCGCCGCCGAUCCGACGCUCGAGCGGGGGCGCGUCGCUCGGGAUUAUGAACGAGUGGGGCUCGGACGAUCCGGGGAUGGAUUACUCCGUGUUGCCCUCGCUCGACGACGGCGACGGGGGAUCCCCGCCUCCGCCGCCGCCGCCGGGGCCUCCCCCCGGAGGGGGCGGGGUCGGUGUGGGGUCGCCCCCGAACGGCGGCGGCGGUCCCGUGCGGGUGUUGACGCGCGCGCAGGGUGCGCCGCCGCCGAUCGCCGCGAAGUCGCCAAACUUCAGCAGCGCGAAGCUCCCUGAGCAUCUCCGAGAUUUGCGCCUGGCGGACCACGAGAAGAAGCUCUGGUCCCCGGGCGGGGCGGGCGGCGGCGGCGGGUCCACGUCGCGGUCGUCCUCGCACGGCGAACGACGACCGCCCGUGAGCAAAGAGACGCACGAGCCGAGCAAGGUUGUCAUCGCGCGCAAGCCGGACGCCACGGUCGCGAAGGACCAUAAGCCGAACAAAGGCUCGCCGAGGCAGCAGACCAAGGGCAAAAAGGGCGGCAAGGGUGGCGAGGACGCGAACGGCGCGACGCCGCCGACGUCCGCGGAGAAGUCACAGCGGCGAAAGGGCGGCGGCGGCGGCGCGGCCGCGGCGGUGCCUCCGUCGCCGCCUCCGCCUCCGGGCCCGCCGCCGCCGGGCACGCCGAAGAGCAGUUCAGGGGCGUCGGCCCCGCCAGUGCCCCCCGGGCCGCCCCCCGCGGCGGUCGUCAAGGCGGCGAAGAAGACCAAUCAGGGCGGGAAGCACGGCGGCGGCGGCGGCGGCGGCGCGGGAAAGAAGGAGAAGGACAGCGGCUCCGGCGGGGACGGCAAGGCACAGGGCGCGGGGAAGUCGAAGGCGAAGAAGAGUUCGAAACCGACCGCGAGUCCCGCCGGCGGCGACGGCGAGCCCGCCGCGGCUUCGGGGAAAGACGCGGUGAAGAAGCCGCCGCCGCCGAAGAGGAACGGCAAAAAGCCGCCGCAGCCGAAAGAGAAGCCCGCCGGCGACGUCGCUAAGGCGAAGACGAAGGCGCCCGAGCCCUCCACGCAGGCGGCGGCGUGAGCGACGCCGCGCGCGAGCGCCGCGGACAUCCCCCGACGGCUCGAUCGAAAUCGAUGCAUUAUGAGCGCAGGGGUGUGUGUUCGACUACUUUGUCGAUGACGUUGUAAUCGCAUAAAUUUUCUU